UUCGUCCUUCUUGCCUUCUCAGAACUAUAGCUAACAGCACUCUAGCUCGCGCAAGAAGUCACGCUCAAAAACAAUAACGACGCCGAAUCUGGCCGACGGCUCAAGGUUGAGAAACACAGAAACUCGGUCCAGGACCAGAAAAUGUUUGAGACCUUGCUCAUCGAAUCAAUCAUCACCAGUCCCGUUCCCUCCUCGUUCCUCUCCAACCCCUUCACCCUGCGUUUCUUCCAAUACGCUGCCCCCUCCUUUGCUCUUCCGUCCAAAGGCUUGCUUUUCAAGACCCUACUUCCCAACGAAAUCGAGUCCGUCCGCUCAAAAGUCUCGACCUCGCUGCGGCAGAACCCAGACAGUCUCACGCUCUCAUUCGACAUCCUCACCACCGUCUUUGACCAGACCUUCUUCCUUAUCUACGCCACCACCUCUCUCGGAACCACAUACUGCUAUGCCGGCCACGAGUUCCCGGACCAGCCGCCCUCCGCUGAGGUCUUUGCCUCGCUCUUGUCCACAAGCAUAGACUCCAUCGGCGACAAAAAAGUAGCUGCCCUCAUAUGCCCCGCCAAAGGUCUCUACGGCGAGAUCCGCGCCCUCGUAGCCUCCCGCUACCCGCACCUACUCGCGCUCGACCCGCUCGACCAUUUUUUCGAGAAACUGGCCGUCGAUCUGUGUCGUCACCAACUCGUCGACAACGUCAUCCGGACGAUGCUCAUGAUCUUUGGCUACUUCCACCGCUCGAGUCUGGCCGAGAGAUUGCUCACUUUGCACAUGAACAACCUGCACAUCACAGACGGACUGCGGCCGUUUCUGCCAAACGAACCGAUCUCGCUGUAUGAAGCCGCCGUCAGUAUGCAGCGAUGUAUGCCGGCCCUUGUCGAGGUCGUCAGCUCAGACCAGUCAAAGCUUGACAAAUCAAGUAUGCAUUCUCCUCAUUCCGUUCUCUUUCCUCUUCCUCGUCAUACUAACACCACUCAUCUGCUACAGUCAACAGGCAACAGGUGAUUGACGUUCUCUCGCCCGACAGCUGGGCGCAUCGGGAAUUUCUCUCAAAGCUCGAUAUAGUAAUCGCCGUUUUCAAACCUCUGCACGAGACAGUCGCCUGCAUCAACUCUCCAGCCGCCACGCUCGCCGACGUCUCGAUCUGCUGGGCUGCCUUGGCGGUCUACUUCCACGACCUCUUCAC